GUGCGCGGCUCUGGGAGGGGCUGGUCCUCCUCUUUGAACUCGGCUCGCCUGGCAGGAUGAGGCGGUCCCUGUCGGGGCGGCGGGCCCUACGUGCGCGGGGCUGGCGAGGCGGCGAGCGGGCGCUCCCUUAGCUGGCUCCGGCGGGCGCAGGAGGGAUCCCCGCGGGGGGACGGAGCCAGGUGGCGGCGGCGGCGCUGCUGUACGCCGUGCGGAUCCGGCUGGGGCGCCACACGUCCGGGGAGGCGGCUGGAUGGGAAGCGGCGGCCGCGGCGGCGAGGGCGGCUGCAGCGGCGGCGGCGGGCAUGGGGGAGCAGCUGAGCACGGCCAGCGCCCCGCGGGAGUCAGCCGCCGCCACAGCCAGCGCCCCCGGGCCGCCUCUCUCGGCCGCGGGGAGCGGGAGGGCAGCGGCGCCCAGUCCAGAGGGCGACCCGGGGCCGCCGCCUCCUGCUGAACCGCUGGGCCAGGAGGCGGAGGCGGAGGACAGUAGCGCCGUCGCUCGCCCGGAGGAGGGCUCCGGCUUGGAAGCGGGAAGCAGCCCCAGCCGCCGGCUUCCUCUGAGGCCCGUCUACUGCACCGUCUACUGCGUGGAGAGCGACCGGCGGCCCAGCGCCCCGCCGGCGUCUCCGCGCCCAGGAGGGGACCCUGGCCCCGGCUUCUCGCCGCCGCCGCCUUCCCUGCCAGGAGAAGGAGGAGGAAAAGGCGGCGGGGACGGCAGCCUCGAGGUGGACUUGUACCUGCUGCCCGAGCCGUUCUCCGGGCUCAUCUCCGGGGACUUCGGGCCCUUGCUGGUGCUGACUUGCCGCGUGUGUCUGGAGGAGAAGCCCCUCAAGCCCUUGCCCUGCUGCAAGAAGCCCGUCUGCGAGGAGUGCCUCAAGUUCUAUCUCAGCUCGCAAGUGCAGGUGGGGCAAGCAGACAUCCAAUGUCCUAUAACAGAGUGUAGCGAACACCUGGAUGAAACAACUGUCCUGUACAACUUGCCACAUGAUGACAUCAUCAAAUAUAAGUACUUCCUGGAACUUGGCCGUAUUGGCUCGAGCACCAAGCCAUGCCCUCAAUGCAAGCACUUUACAACCUUCAGGAGGAGAGGCCACAUUCCAACCCCUACCAAAAUGGAGAACAAGUACAAAAUACAGUGCCCAACCUGCCAAUUGGUGUGGUGUUUUAAGUGCCACUCUCCCUGGCAUGAAGGUGUCAACUGCAAAGAGUAUAAAAAGGGAGACAAGCUGUUACGUCACUGGGCCAAUGAAAUUGAACAUGGGCAAAGAAAUGCUCAGAAGUGUCCAAAGUGCAAGAUCCAUAUCCAGAGAACAGAAGGGUGUGACCAUAUGACUUGCUCACAGUGUAACACUAAUUUCUGUUACCGCUGCGGGGAGAGAUACCGCCAACUCCGUUUCUUUGGAGACCAUACAUCAAACCUCAGUAUAUUUGGAUGCAAAUACCGCUACCUCCCCGAGCGACCACAUUUAAGGAGAUUAGUGAGAGGCUCUGUCUGUGGUGGGAAGUUGCUUAUUGCACCACUGAUACUGGUUCUGGGACUGGUAAUAGGAGCCAUAGCUGUUAUCAUAGGUUUAUUUGUGUUCCCUAUCUAUUGCCUUUGUAAAAAGAAGAGGAAAAGGCCACGAACAGAAAUGCCCUGGUAUGAGUGAGCCAUUAUAUCUCUGAAAGGAGCCAGUCCUGCAAGAAUUGUGGAAAACAUGUGCAGCGCGCUGUGCUAGUUAACUAUCCUGGCAGAAAAUUCAGGGGCAACUGCCAUAUUUUGUCUGCACUGUACACUACUAAAGACAGACCAGAUUGCUUCCCUGCUCUGCUACUUCAGACAAAAUGGAGGCCUCUCAAUUUUUAAAGGUUUUUUUAAUCCCUCUCCCAAAAAAUCAAGUUUACUUUGUUGGACAGCCUACAUCUGCACUGUAGCUACACAUCUACUGAUUGGCCCACGAAAAGAGUAUUUAAUUUGGCAAUCUCUUCCCCACCCCAAGUCACUGGCGUAACUCUCAGGUGGCCUUCCAGAUGGUGUUUUCGGUGGACUUGUUUGUUUCAGAGGCUGGCUUCAUACAUAGAAGUGGUUAUUCUGUCUAACAUCAUUGGCAUAAUGACAGGUGCUGAAUUCAGUGGCUCCUUAUUUUGUAUAUGCAACUUUGCCCUAAAUACUGACUCAUGUGUGUGCUAAUAGCUACUGUACACAAAUUCCCAGAACCUUAUAGGGAAUUUGGUGGGGAAUGAUUGGAACAGUAUCUAGUCCAAUUAAAGCAACGGGGAGAUUUGUCUUGGUUAUUUGGGAGAGCAUUGUGUCAUUUUCAGUGUUUUUGACCUGUGCAAGCUGUUUAGCAAGGCUUAAAAUGUUCACGCCAUUAACUUCCAUCAAAUACACUGAAUUAAGUUAGGUGUAAAAGCCUGCCUUUUAUGGUUGUUUCUGGAGUCUGACUAAAGGCAUUGUGGCACAUAUACACACUACAGACCAGAAGUAUGUUCAUAUCUGAACAUGCAACAGCAACUAAGAAUGUGGCCAAAACCAAGGCAAAUGCAAGAAAAGAAACAAAAAAUGUUUCUGGAGCAUAUUUCAGAAUGUUUAGCACUAUUUAGCUGGGGAAAUAGCAAUUUGUUCUGAAGCAGUCCAGAAGUACACUGUUUUUCUAGCCUGCACCAAUACAUGCCUAUAGUGAGUAAGCAUUUCUAGGUUUUUCCUAGGAAGAUACAUUCAGGACAGCUUCAUAACACAAGGUCACUUAAGACACAGGAUCUGUUUGUGUCCUUCUUACUGUUAGGCUCAGGUCUGGAGCAGUGCGCCAAUGUAAAUUAUAUGUCUGUCCUGGUUUGCCUAAUUUCCAUAGUUCUUCCCCAAAGGUUUGGGAGUAUUAUCAAUAUUAGGUGAAUCACACACCAAUUUGUAGGUGUAUUAAUCUAACCCACACAUUAAAUCAUUUGUGUGGAGUUCGACAUGUAUAUUUCCAAAGGUCCAGGCCUUCUUGCCUACUAAGAGAAAGGACAUUACUGAAUUUAUGAAUUGUCCCAUUUGUAUUGCACAUUAGCAGUUAAAUUAAAAUGUCACCUGUGAAGUGUUAUGCGUUUUAAACAAUGAAUAAAUUCAGUAAAAACUAGUGCUAUUUUUUUUUUAGUUCAGGAUCAGGUACCUGGCAGUCUUAUUUAUAUGUUCUUUUAAAAAAAAACUUGAUACUUUUUGUUGAACUCAAUAUGUGAGGGACGUGCAGCCCAUUGAUUUUAAAGUUAAGAAUAAGGAUAAUUAAGGAAGGGCUUAAAGAAAUUAUACUGUCCUGUUACGUUAGCAAAAGAGAAUAUCAGAGAAAGGAAAACCAUGCAAACAAUCCAUUAUAUAACGAUGGACUGUAUUGUAAGGUGCCUUUCUAAGCUCUGAAGAAGUCCUUUGGGGAAUGGAAGGGCGCUUUGAUCCAGCAAAAGUUCCCAUUAACAGGAGGGAGAAAGUGAAUUUUGCUUUUACCUUCCUGUCUCUGCAGUCCCUCUCACUAUCUGCCAUGCUGUUCUGGAGGCUGCUUAUUGAAUUCUAGGAUCCAACCUAGACACAGAAUUAUAAUCUGCUGAAGUUUCUUGUUAUCUUCAAAGUUCUGUUACUCAACAGAGUAGUGAAGUAUUUGAAAGUUCUAUGUUCUGUUGUAAGGGCAAUAGACUCCACAAAAUAUAUAAAAAGGCAACAUACAGUUAUUUGGAGCACAUUGUACAUUAAAAUAUUACAGCACUUCAUUGCUGUAGGAGUUUGGUGAUAGUACAAAAUGCAACCCAAUGAAUAUGUAUUAAUUGCUGGACCAUAAAGCCUCAUCUGAAAUUGGUAGUAGAUGCUACUUAUCGGGCAAUAUGUCUCUGCCUUAUGUUUCAUUUUCAUGUGCUAGCAUCAGUCAUCUUGCAACUGAAAGUCUUUAACAAUAUCCAAAUUUACCACCUUUUCAUCCACUAAAAUUAGAUUGAUUUUAGUGUAUUAUGAAACCUGGCUUACUAGAGAAAUGAAUUAGAAUGCAAACAUUUUGAAGAGAAAUUAUUUUUGGUAAAUUAAUAUACACUGUGCUGUUUCAAAUAUUUUGAGCUUGCUUAAUGUUUCUCCUUUUUUGUGUUGUCUCAGAGUUGACUGCUGCCUUAAACUUUUUAAAAGAUUGUAUAUGUUUACCUAGCCCCAAAUUGCAUUUUCUCAGGCCAAACUUGUGCAUUUUCUUUGGUUUACUCAGGGAUUUCAGUCCUUCAUUAAAAUGUCAAAUACUCUUAUGAAAAAAAGCUUUUCUAAUAUUUAGAAAACAUUCAAACAUAUUAAUUAUAUAAUGAGAUUUGGUGUUUGUAGUACAGGAUGCAUUAAAGCAAUCUUGAGGCCUCUGUUUGAUUUUAACAUAAUUCAUGUACUACUUGAGCUUUCUUCUAUGUUUGAUUUUAGUUCUCUACUCAUUUGAAAUAUAGCCCUUAGAUCCGGGAAUUUUCAUGUGCAGCAGCAAGUUCUGUGCAAGGACCUUUCUGCUACAACUAUUGGCUCUAGAGACAGGAAGUGCUCUCAAGUCUUGACAGAGAUGGUCACUUGAUUGAAAAUGACUGGUCUCUCUCACACACAAACAUACACGUGAUCAGCAGGGGAUUUGAACCAUCAUGGCCAACUAUUAUUUCAGUAGCUUGUGAAGGAUACAGGAAUGCCACAUGAUAUUUCUGGGUGGGUGCAGAUUUUCUUGUCUAGACAAUACUUUUGUGUCCACAUGGGACCACAUUCUGAAGCACUCUUGCUCAUGAAAGCUUACUUUUAUAAGUGGGUGUAAUCCCAUAGGUGUUGCUCCAUCGACAGAAGGCAGCCUUCAGCAGAAUGAGGAGGGAGGCAAUUCCUCCUCCACUGCUGAUAUCUCUUGUCUUGAAAUGGUUUAUAAUACUAAGAUAAGUGAAAGUGAAAGGCAUGUGUAUAUGUUAUCUAUAUAAGGGUAAUUUAAAGUUAUUUAUAGAAGCAACUCUUUCCCACAAAGAUACAAAAAUAGCUACACGGACACAAAGGCAUGACAUUUUAAUACUUAGAUGAAACGUGUAUCAAUAAAACCCUGUGGUUAUGCAGAUUUAGGUCACUGAGUUUUUAAGUGUAACCUCAAGAUGUUGAUUUUAUAUUCAGUUUUAUAUUAACUUGCCUUUUCCAAAAAUGGAGCAUUAGCAAUUAUCAUACAAGAAAGGAAGAGGUGCAUUAGAAUACUGGUUUGCUGACCCCUUUUGUAAGGCUAUUUUCUUGAAUAAUUAUCCCAAGGGGUUAUUUUUUCAUUUCCUUUAACAAUACUUAAACAAACAUACUCAUUAAGCAACCAUUGGAAUGACUGCUGAUUCACUAUGUAGUUAAAAUUGGGUGAAAUCAUAUUGUUUAAAAAAUCUGUUUUGCUGAACAGUUUCAGAAAGACUGUUCUGUGGUAAAACUGUUCAAGACAUUCUUUGAUUUGUUUUAUGCAAUUUGUAUCCUGCUCUGUGAUUAUUAUCUGUUGCUUUUAAAUUGGAGUAACUUGAUCUCAGUUACAAUGAAAUAUGUCCCUAUGCCUCUGACCAUAGCUCACACACAGUAAGGGAAUAUUGCCUAUUUUCUCUCUCUCCAAUGCUUUAAAAGAAAAAAAAGUAUAAUAUACCUUAUCAUAAUGAAAAAAAUUGAAAUUGUCUAUUUGGGGGACAGAACCUCCAUUGCUUUUAUUAGUUUAACAGUAAAUACAAGACUGGAUGAUUUGUUCUAAAGUAGAGCAUCUAUAAAGUAUUUUAUUAUCCAGAUUGCUACACACUGCAUAUUCCAGUUUCAGAAGGUUGACAAUUUUUCAAUGUAUUCAGACAUUGCCAAGUAAAGAUAGUUGUAUUUGCAAUGCAAGUAGGUGUAAACUAUAGGUUGCAACAGAUUGCCAUUUUGGUCUUGACUACUGACAUUCAGCCUGGAUUUAAUUUCAGUAAAUAGGUAGCUGUUCUCUGGUUGUAAGAAAUUCGUGCAAUGCUUUUGGAAAUGGGCACAGGAAAAAUGCUUAGAUAUUGAUUCUUACUAUUAGCGCAAUUUUUCUAAAUCCUUUCAGGGUAAGUUUUUUUAUGCAUUGGCUGCUUUAAUAAUGGGUGGUUGUAAUCACUUUAAGAAUGCUGUUUCUCACUGUGGUAAAAUCUUUGCCAAGACAUGCCAUGAAUUUAUUUAUAAGAAACAUAAAUACAAUAUCUAUCCCAGAGCAAAAGAAAACUCAUCUUAGCUGAGCCAAUAUUUCUCAUCUUCUUUUUUAAAAGAACAAUUUUUACACAAAGCUGCCCCAAAAUUGUUAAAGUAAUUCUGUGAGUACAAGUGAGGUGACCUUCUGUUUUAAAUGAUAUACUUUUAUGUUUGCCACUUUUCCUCGCAUCCCAGACAUUCCAGUCUAGCAAGGAAGAUUCAUGCCUGAAAUAAUGCUUCUAUUUAUGUCUGGAUGGGACCCCAUACUGUCAAAAAAUGCUGUGUGUGGAGACAAAGUUCUGGAUUAAACCACACAUGUGCACUCUGGCAGGUUAGCCAGUACUGUUUAAGUUUUUGUAUGUAUUUAAUUCUGGACACACUUUCUUAACAACAGGUGAUUAGAAGCUGUCAUUGCUAACCAUAUGUCUCUGGGAAGAUCUUGAAGGACACCUUUUUGUGUUGCAGUGAGAUCUUUGGUUCAGGGCUAGAGCUAGGGCUAGAGUUUCAUAAAGUGUAGGAUACUUAAUAUUUACUGAAAAUCUUGAAUGUUCACCUGCAAUUGCAGUCAUAGCCAGAAGUUUCGAGAACAAAGAAGUGAACUUGUGUGCUAUUUUGUGUGCCAUCCUUCAUAAAAUGAUUUAAUGUAUUGCCAAUUGUAUGUGGUGCCCUCACAAUCUCAGUUUUCUGUUUCUGUAAAGUUUUUAAAGAAAUUGUACAUAACCCUUGAUUAUGUGUGAAGGAUUUUUUUUAAUUAAAAUAUAUUGGGACAUAGUAAAACUUCAGCUGCAACUGUUGUACUUUUGAGUUUUCCAUGGGAUUUAUUGGAUUAUAUAAUAGAAUAAGGACAAUAGAAGUUAUUUCUGAGAGACUGGUCUUUCAGUUUGGUAGAUGAUUGAUGCAAAAUGAAGAUCAAAUGGUAUAAUUCCUGUGGUAAAAACUAAAUAAAUAAAAAAAAACACUUGCUUUUCUUUGUUUUGGCAUCAAUGCCUUCAUUUUUCUUGUGCUAUCACCUAUAUCAGCUUGUAUUAACAGCUGUGGUUCCCAAACAUUUUCCACCAUUUGAAAAUUUAAUUUUCUGCACAUGCACUGUGCUAGAUGCUGUAUGGUUUUUAUUUGUAUUCCCAUUAUUUUUAUUCCUUGUGUUUUGUAUUUACAAUUUGAAUUCCACAUAAUUGUAAUACAAUGAAAUACAGUAUACAAAACAAAAGAAGCAAUAAAAUGCAGUUAGAAAUCAAUAGGAAUAUUUAAUGUGAUGGAUGUACCAUGUCCCAUAUUGAACCACAAAUUCACAGAUGUGCCAUGGACCACCUGUGGGUGGCAGACCAGUUUGGAAAUUCUGUGUUACAGAAUUAAUUUCAGUGACUUGGAUCCAAAGUGCUCAAUGCACAGAAACCAGUGGAGGCUGACUGCAGCCUGUCCUUUCCCUGCAACAGUGCAGCACCCUGUAUUACCUUAAAAGCUCUCCUGCAGUGUUCCCAAACUCAGGAGUAGCUUAUUCUGAGGUAUGAAGGCAGGAAAACCCUGAUGCACUUCAGCCAGUGACCUGUUGGGGGUGGGCAUAAUGUAAAUAUUAUUCUUAAAAUAAACACAAAACUUGGAUUUAGAUUUGCAGAAAAGCCAUCCACAAAUACAGAACUCUGCUAGAGUACAUGUAAAGUUAUGAAUGGAAGAAUCAUGUUAGUUAAAUAAUCCAGGUGAUUAGAAUUCAAAAUUUAAGCCCACUGAAAAAUAUUUUUCUCUUACAUGUGAGUAGUCAUCUUCUGACAUGUGUAUGCCUGUGUUUAUGUAUGUAAAUGGCAUAUAUGAACUGAGUAAUACGUGGAAACAUCGUAUGUGAAUGUCAGGUUUGCCAUUGCGGUGGCACUUUCCCAAGAAUUAUAGCUGUUCCACACAUUAGCAUUUUGGUUUUCAAGAAGGGUGGGCAGGGACAGUUUUCAAUGUAGAGAUGUGAGCCAGCCAUAUAGUAAAAAGAGAAGUUGCUAAAUGAUUAUGCCAGUAGCUGUUACUUGAAAACACUCUACAAAAAACCAAAUAAGUGGGUACACCUGCUUAGUCAGUGUUUGCUUCCUACUUCAAUUACCGGUAAAUGUUUUAUAGCAUGACACACAUACAUUUAAAAAUAUGUUCAUGCCUUGCAGAUCAACUCAAUUGAACAUCUGUGUAGAACUUUGUAUUAACUUGACUUUUCCAUCCAUCCUGGUAAAGGACCAAAACUAAAUAUGUGAAAACAAGUUUUGCUCAUUUAAAUAGGAAGCAAUUAUUUGCUCAGAAAGCGGAAGAGUAAAAUAAGGUAUGGCGCGGGAUGGUUGUGAUAAAUAAAAUAUUAAUUCCCCUCCCUUCCAGAGCUACAUUCAUUUCCAAUGUGUAUAUGAUACUAAGUUUUAAAAUGUAGCUUUUAGAUUGAAAAGUACAUUCUCAGAUUAAACAGUCAAUUGAAUGGAUUUAAAACUGCUUUUUACUGCACUGCUUUAGUCUUGUUACCUUGUUACUUUUAUACAAUUUAUCUGUGAUUCUUGUAGCAUUUUGACACUUCAUAACAAAAAGUUGUUGUGCAAAGUCAUUCCCUCUACCUAAAUAACCAUUUCAAUAUUUCAAACUAAUUUUUUUACCUCUGUGUGAGACUUCAAGCAAACAGAUCUACAAUUUAGUAUGCGAUAUCUAAUUUUUUUAGUACAAAAUAUACCCCAGUCCUCUCACCAAGCUUAUUUCACUGAGGCAAUUGUUCAUACAAUCCAAAGUGAGGAUUCUGGCAUUACAAAACACAAACUGCUCCUUGUAGCAAUGGUUUGGCCAUGGAGCAUUGUACUAGCAGUCUUCUUCCUACAGUGGUACCUCGGGUUACAUAUGCUUCAGGUUACAUACGCUUCAGGUUACAGACUCUGCUAACCCAGAAAUAGUAGCUUGGGUUAAGAACUUUGCUUCAGGAUGAGAACAGAAAUCGUGCUCCAGUGGCGCGGCAGCAGCAGGAGGCCCCAUUAGCUUCAGGUUAAGAACGGGCCUCGGAAACGAAUUAAGUAUGUAACCAGAGGUACCACUGUAUAUAAUAAUACACGGCUCAGUUUUUAAAAAUAUUUGGUUCCUCUCCAUUUUCAUAAGAAACGCCUUUCUGGAUUGCAUGAUAGGUCCAUCUAGUCUGGUCUCCAACAGCAUUUAGCUUUGCAAGCUCACAGGCAGGGCUUGAACAUCAUGGUCAUUUCUUGUUGGUUGUCCCAGGUAAUACAACAUUUGUAAAUGGAGGUUCCAUUUACCUAUUUAUGGUUGAUAUCAGUGGAACAGCCAUUUGA